CUUCCUUUUUAUUUUUUUUUUUGUUUGUGUAUAAAACCCCUCAAAAAACCCCAAAUUGUUUCUCCGGAUUCCUACUUAAUUUAAAGACUUUUAGCUUACCUUGUGUCUGCCACCUCCAGAAAAGCUGCUACUUCUGAAAUGUACACUACAUGAAGUAGUAAUUAAUCAAGCUUUAAACCCAGAAAAAUCCCCCUUUUUUGACUCAUUUUCCUCAAAUUUGAGAAACCCUCUUUCCCUCUCAAAGAUCUCUCAUUAAUCCCUAAGAAAGAAAGGAAAAGAAACUAACUUUUUGUUUUUUCUCUUCAAAAAUGAGCACAACCCUUCAAUCUGCAUUUUUCUGCUUAAUUUUACUGCAAUCCACCAUUUUUACUGCUUUAAGUUAUGAUGAUUUUGAGCCCCCAGAUGAUGAAUGGGAAUCUGCUACUGCUACUUACAUCAAAGAAGCAAAUGGGUCUAUUAUUGUUGAAGGGGCAUGUGGGUAUGGUGACCUUCACAAGGCAACAUAUGGAAGAUAUGGGACAGGACUAAGCACAAUAUUGUUCAACAGAGGGAGUAGUUGUGGAGCUUGUUUUGAGGUCAGAUGUAUUGAUCAUAUUAAAUGGUGUCUGCCUGGGAGUCCUGCAGUUGUCGUAACCGUCACCGAUUUCUGUGCUCCAAACUAUGGUCUAGCUUCUGAUUAUGGUGGCUGGUGUAAUUUUCCUCGCCAGCAUUUUGAAAUGUCUGAAGAUGCAUUUACUGAAAUUGCUGUCAAGUCUGCUGAUUUAAUUCCAAUUCAGUACAGGAGGGUGGAGUGUGAAAGAGACGGUGGGAUGAAAUUUACAGUGACUGGAAACGCCAACCUUUACCAAGUUCUUAUCACGAAUGUGGGACUAGAUGGUGAAGUAACAGGAGUGAAAAUCAAAGGCUCGAGAACAGGAUGGAUACCGAUGGCAAGAAACUGGGGACAACUUUGGCAAUGUAAUAUCGAUCUUAAAGGGCAAUCACUCUCAUUUGAGGUAACUACCAGCAGUGGGAAAUCAGUGACUUCCUAUAAUGUGGCUCCUAGAAACUGGCAGUUUGAUCAGACAUUUGAAGGCAAACAAAUUUACAAUUAUUAGCAAAAAAAAAUGAAGGAAUUUGAAACUAUUGGUGGCAUUUUUAGUUUACUGGCUUCAAAGAGGCCUAGAAUUUGUAAACUACUAGUAUUAAGGAACAUAUAGUAAUUAAAUGAAAAGCUAUGAACUUCUGCUACACAA